GAAAAUUAUGAAGUGCGAGGUUUUCGCAGUCUUGCUGGUUAAGACAAGGAAAUUGCCGUGAAUAGUAAAAGUGGACCAUUUAAUCACGAUAAAAUUGCAGUCAGUUUUAAAAAGCAACGAUCUAAAUUAUUUUUUUUAAUAAAAAACGAAAUAAAUACCUCUUGCUGAAUGAAAUCACUCUAAAAAAUAAUCUGAAGUAGCGAGCGCAAUUUAGUGAAAUUAUUACGUGUAUUGAUGGGGUGUUGGUGUACGUGAAAAAAUGUGCUGAGCAACGGAGAAGGAACGAGGACGAAUACGACACAUUUUUAUACAUUCGUGAUAAUUUAAUUAUUUUUAUUGGAAGAAGGCAAUGUUAAUACGUGGAUCAGAGUAUAAGUGAGUUUUAGUUGGCCCCUUAUUAAAGGGGCCAAAAUAAAAGGUGAAAGCAGAGGAAAAAUUCGAGACUCAACGAACAUAUCGGCUAAUCAGCAAAUAAGGAAAAAAAAAAAACGAAAAGAAAAUAGCAACGAGAUAAAGAAGUAAUAAAAAAACGUUUGAGAAGGUGAAUAAUCGGUCGCUGUACAUAAGUGCCUGUUCAGUGUGAAGCAACAACAAUUGUCAAAGUGCUGCCAGUGAGAUAUAUUUUUUUAACUUUUCAACACAAAUAAACUUAAAAAAUUAUAAACUAGAAAAUCGAAAUAAAAUAAAACAAAAGCUACGGAUGACGACCAUUGUAUUCCAAUUCUGCUGCGCAAUUACCAAAUCGAGCAAAACAUAUACUAAAUAAUAAAUAUAUCAGCAAUACGAAAACGUAAAAAGAGAAAUUAAGAAACUGUCAACGUCAUUUUUCCAAUUCGCUUUCGAUUUUAUAUUCUCUUUAGACACAACGUCAACGAAUUUUCGUUAAUUCGUUGCAAUUGCCAUUCGAUUGAAUUGUGCGAAAUAUAUAUUUUUUUUAAUUUCGUUUUGUACAUUGGCCACUCGCGUGCGCGUGUGUGUGAGAUCAUAUUCUUUGGAAAGCUUCAUUCAGUGCUAUCACUGUCCUUGAAGCCCACUCCCGAGAACAGAUCCCACAUCGUGUGCCGUUGCCGUACAAUCUUUGAAUGGGACACCAGCUAUGAACCAAUUGAAAUUCACGCUAGCGCAGAUUGGUAUUUUGGUCAUACAACUGAACAAGAAAAAUUUUGCUGAAACCAGUGAGAGCAUAAACCAGUAUAUUAAAGAGAUUGGCUUGGAAGCGGACCGCCAUUGUUUGCGCUGCCUAUUCUCGGCCAUCAAUUUUACUGAUACGACGUCAACAAGUCCCAAUUCGAACUACAAUUUCAUAGUACAAGCACAAGCGAAAUUACUUGGUGCUCAGUUGGAAAACCAACUAUCCAGAGCGUCUGUCAUAUCGAAUAUAUGCUUUGCCGUCGACCAUUGCUUUCCUCAACAAAAGACUCUUAAACCGACACCGCAACUCAUUGCGCAAAUAGCUAAAUUAACAGGAAUAAGUAAACUCUGUGAAGUGGUAUUGUCAAUAGCAUUAACACACUCAACCCAACCUGAUUUAAGUGAAUACUCUUUGGAACAUUUGAAACUUUCAUUUCCCGAGCUUAUUGAAUCAUUUUUGGAAAACAAAGACUCUACCGCUUCUAUUGGAAGCAAUUUACAAGACGUGUCCAUAGAUAUCCUCCAAAUAAUUAUCGUUUAUCUAGACGAGUUUGUUAACAAAAAACUCAGAAAUCAAUUUUUGGAUAUAUUACGGAAACAGUUUCCGCUAGAGCGUUCUUCACUCAUCUUAGCACCACAUUUAUAUCGUCAAACAACUCUUUGUGCUAAGGAGACUGUAUGUUGUGAAUCCACAUCAUCAUUGGAGGUUUUGGAUGCAGAAGAAGUUUAUGACAAAGACACAACUAUUACGACUGCAGAUGGGGGCGUUGCUAGCCAGCAUUUGACGGAAAUUGGCAUUGAAGAUAUCUAUGACAAUUUAUGCGAGACGAUAUUUACAACACAGGUGAAUAGUAAUAUUAUGGACACAUCCUGGAUUAAUUUAAUCCUAGAGAUUGGUUACGAAUUCACAUCAAGCGUUGAAGAAUGUAAGAAUCAUCUACGUUGUGGUUCGCGUGAACUUCAAUCACAGGAUGUGGCCAAGAUCAUUGGCCUUAUGUGCCGUAGGCACUCCUCGCUACUUGACUGCAAUGUAAAUUUAGGAACACCUGCCAAUUUUUGGCCUGGUCAGCAGGGUGCUGGGCCCGGUACGCAACAACAACAAAAUGUGGCCAAUAAUAAUGACGGCAGUAACGUUACGGGCAGCGGCGUUGAUAAAGCAGCCAAUGUAAAUGACAAAAAAGACAAAGUCGGCGGUAAUGCGGCGGGAACAACCAGCACUGAAACAACACAAGCAUGGAAACCGGAUGCGUUUGUGCAGGCGUUAAAGGAGGUGGUGCCACAGCUGAAUUGGAAGGAGGUGUGCUUGGAACUUGAUCACCCGGAAUUUAUUAUAAAGGAUAGAAUUGGCCUGGAUCUUCUACUCACCAUUUUCCGUUUGGGCACACAAUCUGCUCUAUUCCCACACCCAGAAUGUAUAUAUCGUCACUGGCAGAACGUGAACGGACAGCUAUCGCUAAUAGCGGUUAUGCUAAAGAAUCCAGAUUUGUUUUCCUUUUCCGAUUACAUCUUCACUGCCGCACCAGUGGAGAUGCUAAAGACACCACCGGAUUCUGAAAACAAAGAAGUGUGCGCUUGGAAAUCGCUGCAUUUAGUUGAAGUUUUGCUGUACAUUGCCGAUCAAGGGUACUAUCCACAAGUGAUAGAAUUGUUCAAAUUCCCAGCGCAACAUAGCCCGGAUAUACUAUUUUUAUCAUUAUUGCACAUCAAUCCACCAAUCACUGCAUUACGACAGGAACUUUUCAGUCAACUCAUACCGACGUUCCUUACAAAUCAUCCAAAUUCAGGUGUAGUCCUGCUAAAUGCAUGGAAUUCCGCAAACUUCGGUGUCGUUUUACGUCCUAUCGUUAUGCAAGCCAUGUCAGAAUGGUAUCAGCGCGGCACCGAAUACGACCAGGUUAAGCUGUCGCGUAUACUCGAUGUAGCGCAGGAUUUGAAAGCACUAUCCACGCUGCUCAAUGAACGUUCUUUUCUAUUUGUAAUCGAUUUAGCGUGUUUGGCAUCGCGUCGUGAAUACCUAAAAUUGGAGAAAUGGUUAAGUGAUAAGAUACGCGAGCAUGGUGAGCCUUUCAUUCAAGCAAUUUUGAAAUGUCUACAACGUCGUUGCCCACAAAUUACAAAUGCUAAAAUACCGGAAAGUCAGCUGCCAUCAAAACAGGCCCAGCUACCACCUGAAACAGUGACAACAAUGUUGCAAUGCUUACAAGCCUGUAUUGUCAAUGUUCCACCAGAAAUAGCUGACCUUAUAAUGCAAAUGACAGCAAACUGCUCAAUUAUGGCAAAUAAAGCAAGAGCUGCCGUACCACCAUUAGUGCCACAGCUGCAAGGUGUAAUGCGUGGACAUCGCGGAAUGGAUAUGGGCGGUGGUGUACCAGGAGUUCCACCACCACCUUUUUCUGCUAAUCUGAAUGCACAACAAAUGUUUGGUCCCACAAUGGAUACGCUAUCAAACUUAACAACAAACAUAGCCAAUUUAAAUCUUGGUGGUCCGAAUGGAGCCUUCAAUUUCGGAAAUGUUUUAGGUAAUUUGGCGUCCACCCCAGCUUCUCCGUCGCGUCUUAUGAACCCAGCUGCCAGUCCAUAUCCCCUCAAUGCAAUGCAAAUACCGCCACCAAAUGUCGGCAAUUUGGCACGUAUGCCACCAACAGCACCGCAGCCCACGCCUACACCACCUAAUCCCAUCAAUCCCGGCAUGGCCGAUCUGCAGGGGCCUGUCUCCAAGGAAGUUGAAGAUGAGGCCAAUUCAUAUUUUCAACGUAUUUACAAUCAUCCACCACAUCCCACUCUCUCCAUUGACGAAGUACUUGAUAUACUGCAACGUUUCAAGGACUCCAAUAUACGUCGUGAACAAGAAGUUUAUCAGUGCAUGCUACGUAAUCUUUUCGAAGAAUACCGCUUUUUCCCACAUUAUCCCGAAAAAGAAUUACAAAUCACCGCACAAUUAUUUGGUGGCAUUAUUGAGCGUAAUCUAGUGCCAACAUGCGUGGCAUUAGGUUUGGCUUUGCGCUGUGUUUUGGAUGCAUUACGCAAACAGGAUUCGAAGAUGUAUAAUUUUGGCAUAACAGCAUUGGAUCGUUUCAAAAAUCGUCUUCAUUCCUACAACAAAUACUGCGAAUAUAUUCGCUCCAUUGCACAUUUUCAUGAGUUUCCACCGCAUUUGAUACAGUACGUGGAAUGUGGCUAUUUACAACAGGAGCCACCACCAGCUAAAAUACAAAUGUUGAUGUCGGGAAGUGGACAACAGGCACCGCCCGAUUCAAUUUAUCGCAGCAAUUCAGUGACCGGUAACUUAGUAACAACACCAACACAACAAAAACCAAUGGUUGUUGCUCAGUCUAUACAUGCUUCGCGUAUGAAAUCCAUCGCCACCGCAACUAAUAUCGAUACGUUAUUGGUCGCCAAUCAGGAAGAAAAAGUCACUAUACCACCCGAACCGGUGCAGGACAAAACCGCCUUCAUAUUCAAUAACUUAAGUCAGCUGAAUAUACCGCAGAAAUGUGAAGAAAUUAAGGAGAUCAUGACUAAAGAAUAUUGGCCCUGGCUGGCACAGUAUUUGGUGCUGAAACGCGCUUCGUUGGAGUUCAAUUUUCAUACAUUGUAUUUCAAUUUCUUGGAGGCAUUGAAGAAUCCUGAAAUCAAUAAAUACGUAACCAAGGAGACUUUGCGCAACAUCAAAGUCUUACUGCGUUCUGAUAAGGGUGUGGUGAAUUUCUCCGAUCGCAGUUUGCUAAAAAAUCUGGGUCAUUGGUUGGGCAUGAUGACAUUGGGUCGCAAUAAACCUAUUCUACAAAUUGAAAUAGACUUGAAAACAUUAUUAGCCGAGGCAUAUCACAAAGGACAACAGGAAUUACUCUUUGUUGUGCCAUUUGUGGCAAAGAUUUUGGAGUCGUCAAAUAAGUCGAAGGUUUUCAAAACACCAAACCCCUGGACAAUGGCUAUCAUGAAUGUGCUUGGUGAAUUACAUCAGGAGCCUGAAUUGAAACUUAAUUUGAAGUUUGAAAUUGAAGUGCUUUGCAAGACGUUAAAUAUUGAGUUGCAGAAACUGAAGCCAAUUGUCUACUUGAAAGAUCCCUCACGUUCGAUGAAUAUCGAGCAUCAGAUGUCGCAACCUAAACCGAAGAAUAUCGAGGCACCGCCACAACAGCAGCAACCGUCACAAGGUCAAACACCGGGACCCGGUCAAAUGGGUCCCAACGAUCCAGAUCCACAGGCUUUGCUUAUGGGCAGUGGUAGUGCUAUUGGCGGCGGCAGUGGUGGCGGUGGCGCCGGAGGAGGAAAUGUACCAGGCGGUGUAGUGCCUUCACCUAGCAUCAGCAACGAAUCAGCCGGACAGGUCAUUAUGCAAGCGCCAGAACCGCGUUUCUCUUUUGUGGAAAUUAAUAUAGCCAAUUUCCAUCUCAUCGCUCAACAUGUGGUACUUUCGCCAAAUAUUACCUUCUUGCAUGCCAAUCCCGGCUUAAAGCAUAUUGUGCUGAAUGCAAUUGAACGCACAAUCACUGAAUGGCUGCAACCAGUUGUGGAUCGUAGUGUACGUAUUGCUGUGACAACCACAGAACAAAUUGUUCGAAAAGAUUUUGGGCUCGAUCCAGAUGAGAAUCGCAUGCGUACAGCUGCACACCAGAUGGUGCGCUAUUUGUCAGCCGGUAUGGCAAUGAUUACUUGCAAGGACUCCUUAUCCCAGACAUUGACAAACAAUAUACGUAAAGCUUUCCUAUCGGCGCUGACUGGCGGUCCUGGCUACCAAGAAAUCGAAGCAGCCGCAUUGCAGCUUAGCAAUGAUAAUGUUGAACUCGCUUGCGCUUUUAUACAAAAGACAGCUGCUGAGAAGUCAACUCCUGAAAUAGACCGACGCAUGUCCACCGACUUCGAUACACGCAAAAUGACUAGAGAUGAAGGAGGACGCUUCUAUGACACGCAAACAUUGGCGUAUCAAACGGAGCGCAUGCCAGAACAGGUUCGUUUAAAAGUAGGCGGCAUACCACAUACACAAUUUGCUGUGUACGCGGAGUUCGCACGCAACAUACCAGGCUUCCAACCGAUGACUGAGCGUGAUAUUGCUCUAUUCUUGCCCAAGCCUCAGGAGAUACCACCUGCUUCUUUCGGCACCGACGAAUUGGGUCUCAUGUAUGCCGAUUUAGCUGGCAAAAUGGAAGCAUUUCUGAACAGCACGAUAAAUGUAUCCACUUUGCAGCUGCAGGCUGGCAAAAUGCAUGCGUUGCUAAACGCGCUUAUGGUAACAAGGCGUAUACGUGAUAACGAAUCGGCACUCAACCUUUUGACACGCGUUGUGGAGGGCUUGGUUGAAGGUCUGGUGAACAUACCAGAGCACAUCGAGCAAAUGAAGUUGUACCGGGAUAUACAUUUGCGCAUAUUGACCUUGUUGCAGAACACAUUUGGUGCCGGAGUGACAGAGCGCGCAAUUACGAAAUGCAUCUUCGAUUUACGGGAGGAAGUGCGGUACAAUGUGGAAGCGACCAAAUUGCUUAUAACUUCUCAUUUCAUCAAUGUCCCACAAUUCGAUUUGUUGUUGCGGGAAGCCAUGGAUAAUGGCAAUAAUUACAUGGCAGUAACGUUUGCUAUGACAUUGAUGGAACGUCUGCUUGAUGGUCGCUCGAGCGCCACAUUAGAGACAGAAAUGACUGGCACAUUUGAGAUGCUGGGACGUUUGCCACAGAAUCGUCAUCGCUACCCAGAGGCGUUGACCCAUCAAAUAGAUAUGAUGGAUGCCGGACCAUUUGGCGGCGCUGAACGUUAUUUGGCUGGCGCUACGCAAUACAUGCACUCGGGCAUGCAACAUGUGCGGUCGAACGACUGCGAUGAUCCACCUGGUUUGCAAGAGAAGACCGAAUUUCUGCUCAAGGACUGGGUGUCCAUCUACAAUCAGUCUAACAAUAUGUCACGUGAAACCAAGAUCUUUACCUCAUUCGUACAAAAGAUGAAUAUGUACGGAAUUUUGAAAACCGAUGAUUUGAUAACGCGCUUCUUCCGGCAAGCAACACAAAUUUGCAUUGAUUUGGUGUAUCGCAUACUCAACGAUCCUAACAAUUCACCAUUGCAAGCGCGCACCAAAAUCUUCCACUGGAUGGACGCAUUUGUGCAUUUAAUUGCCCUGCUGGUACGCCACUCUGGCGAAUCGGGUAAUCCAACGACGAAAAUCAACCUGCUGAACAAGGUUCUGGGCAUCGUUCUAGGUAUACUGCUACAAGACCAAGAAUUGCAUGGCACCGCAUUCCAACAGCUCGGCUAUCAUCGCUUUUUCGUGAUGCUAUUCCUGGAGCUGAGCUCGCCCGACGCAGUGCUGGAAAGUCUAAUGCACAGCAUUAUGACUGCAUUUUCUCACACGUAUCACCUCCUAAAUCCAACGUUGGCACCCGGGUUUUGUUACGCUUGGUUAGAGCUGAUCUCACAUCGCAUUUUUAUCGGACGUAUACUCGCACAGAUACCGCAACAGAAGGGAUGGCCAUUGUACUCACAGUUGCUACUCGAUCUGUUCCGCUAUUUGGCACCAUUCUUACGGAACGCCGAGCUAGCGAAGCCCGUACAAUUGCUGUACAAGGGAACGCUGCGCGUUCUGCUCGUUCUAUUACACGAUUUCCCUGAAUUUUUAUGCGACUACCACUUUGGCUUUUGUGAUGCAAUACCGCCAAAUUGUAUCCAAAUGCGCAACAUAAUAUUGGCUGCUUUUCCACGUAAUAUGCGUCUGCCCGAUCCUUUCACGCCCAAUCUAAAAGUGGAUAUGUUGGCGGAGACUGCCACGGCGCCUAAAAUUUGCUCCAACUACGUAUUCAAUAUACAACCGGCGAAUUUCAAAAAGGAUCUCGACUCGUAUCUAAAAGCACGCGCACCAGUUACUUUCCUCUCAGAGCUGCGCUCACAUUUGCAAAUCUCAAAUGAACCCGGUUCACGUUACAACAUUCCGCUGAUGAAUGCGUUGGUGCUGUAUGUGGGCACGCAAGCUAUUUCGCACAUAAGAAGUAAAAAUUUCGUACCCAAUACAUCAAACAUCGCGCACAGCGCACACAUGGAUAUUUUCCAGAAUUUGGCCGUUGAUUUGGAUACCGAAGGACGCUAUCUCUUCCUGAACGCCAUCGCAAAUCAGCUGCGUUAUCCGAAUAGUCAUACGCACUAUUUUAGCUGUGCGGUACUACAUCUCUUCGCCGAAGCGAACUCAGAGGCGAUUCAAGAGCAAAUCACACGUGUACUACUUGAACGCCUUAUUGUGAAUCGUCCACAUCCAUGGGGUUUGUUAAUCACCUUUAUAGAACUGAUUAAGAACCCCAUCUACAAGUUCUGGGAUCAUGACUUUGUACAUUGUGCCCCAGAGAUUUCAAGGGAGAUAAAAAGUUUUCCCCCUUAUUUGCUUAGGUUAUUCGAAUCGGUGGCACGUUCGUGUAUGGUGAAGAAUCAUCCGCCGCAGAUGAACAAUAUGGAUGGCGAAAUUCAGGAAAUCAAUUAAAGCUGAACUACAACAAUAAAAACAACAACUGUAAGACAGCAGAGUUCUUACACUAUGGAUGGUGGUAACGGCCGUAGUGGUGGAAAUGGGUGGUGGUAGUUGUAAGAAUUUGUGUAUUUGAAUGGGAUCUGUUGGCGACGAUGGCGGCGUUGUCAGCAGCCCGCAGCCGUCCAUUAUCCACUAUGCGUGCACUGGCAUCCCAUUGAAACAAAAGUAGCAGAAGAUUAAAAAGUUUUUUUAAGCUAAAGAUACAAAAAAAUAUAAUUGAUUUAUGAAUUAAGAGAUUGCAACUUUUUUAAAAAGAAAAAACUAAAAAAAAUGGAAAAUUAAAAAUGAAAAAGAAAACGAAAAAACCCAAAAAAAAAACAUAAUAAUAAUAAUUUACUUGUAAGUAGUUUAAAAUACACGAUAAAGAGGAAGCAACACUUGAAAGAAAUUUAAAUUAAAUUUAUUAAUAAAUAAUUGAUGUAUUAUAAAUAUAAAAUUAAUUUGAACAAAACAACAAUAUAAAUGCUAAUUAUUAAAAAAAAAAUGUUUGUGUAAAAUUUCAAGUGGUUGGCAAGAGAAAAAACUCAAACGAAACAUAUAAAAAGGGAGAAAACGAGCGAAAACAAUAAGAGAUCAACUGAAAUUAAAUAUAGCGGACAGGAAAAGUACUAAGAAAAUUGAAGAAAGUGUAUGUGAAAGAAACGA